AUGUCGAACCCAUACCAGCUUCCACCUCCAGUGACCGCAGAGCCCAAGCACCGUUUCUUCGACCCAUGGAACUCGUCAUCGACCGGUCAUCAGAAAGCAGACAACCGCCUCGCAGGAAGCACGAGUUGGCGCGACGCACGCAGUCUGAAGCUUAGCAAUCAAUUCGGCGGAGGCGCGUCCGGUGGUGCUCGGCUUGCAGAUACUGUUGGUGCCGGCAGUGAAGACUUUGGCAAAGAUGGCAGAUUAGACAAUGGGAGCUGGGCCAAAGGCGCACCUGGUCUGAGGAGCGGAAGCCAGAUGAGUGUGGUAGAAGCUUUCAGGAUCAGAAAAGUCGCCUCGAGUUACGACGACGAACUCUUACGCGAGGACUCAAGUCCUGAUGUGCAGCAGAGCGAGAUCCACCAAGAUCAGGAUCCAGAGAGCGCCGCUAUACGGAAAUCUCCCCAGGUGUUCGCGGGGGCUUGCAUCUAUAUCAACGGCAGCACGUAUCCCACAAUCUCGGACCACAAGUUGAAACACCUGCUCGUGACUCAUGGUGCACGUCUCAGCAUCCACCUCGGUCGUCGCUCAGUCACACACGUCAUUCUAGGUCGUCCUAAUGCCUCUUCUAUUAUAGGUGCCGGCGGCGGUCUGUCGGCCUCAAAAAUGCAGAAAGAAAUCACCAAGAUUGGAGGCAAGAAUGUCAAGUUUGUGACGGUCGAGUGGGUCAUGGAGAGUGUGGCUAAUGGGAAACGAGCACCCGAACAAAAGUUCGAGGCUGUAAGACUGGCUCUCAAGGGCACGGGAAGUGUCGAGCAGAUGUUUGCGAAGGCUGCGAAGAAGGCGUGA